AUCCCCACUUCGGAAAGCCGAACGCCAAACCCAUUGCGUGAAAGCCCUUCCAGAAGCCGGUUUAGUGCAAACAAACGCCUCUCUGUAACUGGAUCGAGUUGUCGACCAGACCUCCACCACUACUCUACCGUAGAAGAGCAUGUCUUCUGUCUCUAUGCGCACGAUCGUAAUCGCUGGAAGAAGAAAAAUACGAAGAGAGAGGCGAUUGGGUAUUUGGGUUUCUCAACCUUGAUCCGUCGGGCUUGAAAUUUGAAGAUUUAUAGUUUUCAGGUCUCUCUUUCUGUUUUUCUGUUAUAGAGAUUCCUAGUCAUUGGCAGGCCGUUGGAAACCCUUUCUACGAUAACUCAGAACUCGUGGAAGAGAUGAGUGGAAAUGAAUUCCGAUUUUUCUUGUCCUGUGACAUUAACCUUCCGGUAACUUUUCGAGUGGAGAGAUUGGAGGGGAAUUUGCCAGCAACGAAGUCAUCUGAGUCACAAGUUAGUUGUACUACUGAGGACAGGAGGGCAGAGCUUUAUGUUGAAUGUGUAUUAUACAUAGAUGGUGCUCCAUUUGGGCUUCCUACAAGAACAAGACUGGAAUCUACAGGACAACCAUAUUGCUGGACUGAACUUAUCACACUAAGCACAAAGUAUCGGGACUUGACUGCUCACUCUCAACUGACAUUAACUGUUUGGGAUGUAUCUUGUGGAAAAGAUGAGGGAUUAAUUGGUGGGGCUACCAUUCUGCUCUUUAACAGCAAAAAGCAACUUAAAACAGGGAAGCAAAAGCUUAGACUUUGGUUAGGAAAAGAAGCAGAUGGAUCAUUUCCUACAACCACUCCUGGAAAGGUGCCCAGGCAUGAGCGUGGGGAGUUGGAGCGUUUGGAAAAGCUUGUUAAUAAGUAUGAAAGGGGACAAGUUCAGCUUAUUGACUGGUUGGACCGUCUAACAUUUAAGGCUCUAGAGAAAAUCAAGGAAAGAGAAAGCUAUAAUACUGGAAGUUCUCAUUUGUAUCUGAUAAUUGAGUUCUGCAGUUUUGAACAUCAAGUUGUUUUUCAGCUUGCACACUUUCUGUUUACUACCUUGAGCACGGAAACCAGGUGGUUGUACCAUGUAUACCUCUUCUUCAAGAUCACCAUUGAGAAAUGCAUUUUUGAUAUUCAAUUGGUGAAGCUCCUAAUCAAGGAAUCAGGGGCCAACUUUUUUUCACCACUGCCUGUGUCUUCAACAAACGAGAUUGUUACUGUAUGGGACCCUGAAGUGGGAAGAAUAAAUCCUUCAGAGCAUAAGCAAAUUAAACUAGCUAGGAGUCUGACACGCGGUAUCAUCGACAGAGAUCUUAAACCAAGCUCUAAUGAGAGGAAGUCAAUACAGAGAAUCCUGAAGUAUCCCCCAACAAGGACCUUGAGUGGAGACGAGAGGCAACUACUCUGGAAAUUCCGUUUCUCUUUGAUGUCAGAAAAGAGGGCCCUUACUAAGUUUCUUCGAUGUGUGGAGUGGAGUGAUCUUCAGGAAGCAAAGCAGGCAUUAGAACUAAUGGGAAGGUGGGAAACCAUUGAUGUAUGUGAUGCACUGGAGCUUCUAUCUCCUGUUUUUGAAAGUGAAGAGGUUCGUGCAUAUGCAGUAAGUGUUCUUGAAAGAGCUGAUGAUGAUGAGUUACAGUGCUACUUACUUCAGCUGGUGCAAGCUCUUCGAUUUGAGCGUUCUGAUAAAUCACGUUUAUCUCAUUUCCUUGUGCAACGCUCAUUGCACAAUAUUGAGUUGGCGAGCUUUCUUCGUUGGUAUGUAGCUGUGGAACUCCAUGAUCCUCAAUAUGCGAAGCGUUUUUACUGUACCUAUGAGAUCCUGGAGGAAAAUAUGAUGAAGUUGGUAUCUGGUGUGGGUGGAGAAGAAGAUGGAAUCAAGUUAUGGCAAAGUUUAGUGCGUCAGACAGAACUGACUGCACAAUUAUGCUCUAUAACGAGAGAUGUUAGAAAUGUACGUGGAGGAACUCAGAAGAAAAUUGAAAAGCUAAGGCAACUGCUUUCUGGUCUUCUGAGUGAGCUUACCUAUUUUGAUGAGCCAAUACGAUCACCACUGGCACCACGAGUGCUUAUCACUGGGAUUGUUCCAUCAGAGUCAUCAUUAUUUAAAAGUGCUCUACAUCCUCUGCGUCUGACAUUUCGAACAGCAAAUGGUUCAAGUUGCAAGGUCAUAUUUAAGAAGGGGGAUGAUCUUCGGCAAGACCAACUGGUUAUUCAAAUGGUUUCUCUCAUGGACCGGUUGCUUAAAUUGGAGAAUCUUGACUUGCAUUUAACCCCAUAUAGAGUAUUAGCAACUGGACAAGAUGAAGGGAUGCUGGAAUUUAUACCAUCUAGUUCUUUAGCACAGAUUCUGUCAGAACAUCGUAGUAUCAUAAGUUAUCUGCAGAAGUUUCAUCCUGAUGAAGAUGGGCCUUUUGGGAUAACUGCUACCUGUCUUGAAACAUUUAUUAAAAGCUGUGCUGGCUACUCUGUUAUCACAUAUAUACUGGGGAUUGGAGACAGGCAUCUAGACAACCUUCUCCUUAGGGAUGAUGGGCGGCUUUUCCAUGUUGAUUUUGGAUUUAUUCUGGGCCGAGAUCCUAAACCAUUUCCACCCCCCAUGAAACUUUGCAAAGAAAUGGUUGAGGCAAUGGGUGGAGCAGAAAGCCAAUACUAUACCAGGUUCAAAUCCUACUGCUGUGAAGCAUACAACAUCCUCAGGAAAUCUAGCAACCUAAUAUUGAAUUUGUUCCAUUUGAUGGCUGGUUCCAACAUUCCUGACAUAGCUUUUGAUCCUGAAAAGGGUAUUCUUAAGCUUCAAGAGAAGUUUCGGUUGGAUUUGGACGAUGAGGACUGCAUACAUUUUUUCCAGGACCUCAUCAAUGAGAGUGUUAGUGCAUUGUUCCCUCAAAUGGUUGAGACCAUUCAUCGGUGGGCUCAGUACUGGCGCUGAUUCCAGAAUUAUUUCAAGUUACAUCUUGUCUAUAUAUCUGAUCAUUGUCCUGAGCUAGUUUUGGCCUAGCAGAUGACCUGUUGGACCCUUCGGACUCUAUCUUAUAGCAUGCGGUCCUAAACUAAAGAUACAGUAGUAGGAAUGUGCAGCAUCUUCACUGUAAAACGAUACUUGGUGGUUUGUUUAUUUCAGUACUAGCUGUAAGAUAUUUUGUUGUCUCCCGUGGAGGGUUAUCUGACAACAGCUUUAGUGAAUGGAAUCUCUUUUCUUUUAUUUUCUUCACCCAAACCGAGGAGUUGUAAUGUUUUCAAAUUCAUAUACUUUAGGAUUCAAAUGGUACAACUCAAAUCCAAUUGCAGCUAAAAAGAUUUAAAUUGCACGAUCAAAUCGUCAUUUGUAAUUACAAUUUACGAGUGAAUAAUUGAAUAUAAAUUCCAAUUUAAAGUUGAA